AUGGACAAUAACGUUGUUGUAUUCACUGCUAUAUUGGUAGUGGUGUCCAUUGCUGCCUACAUUCUACUGUUUAGCAAUUCUGAUAGAAAAGUUUUGAAGAAAGACGAAUUUCAACCCUUCCCUCUCAUUCAAAGAACACAACUGACUCACAACACGGCCAUUUUCAGAUUUGGAUUGCCCCGUCCUACUGAUGUCUUGGGUCUGCCUAUUGGUCAACAUAUCUCAAUUGCUGCUUCUAUUGGGGGAAAAGAAGUUUUGAGAUCUUAUACACCCACUUCUACCGACGAUGCCAAGGGAUACUUCGACCUGUUGAUCAAGGUCUAUGAACAGGGAAAUAUCACCAAGUAUGUAGACAAUCUCAAACUAGGGGAGUCUAUUCGUGUUAGAGGUCCUAAGGGAAACUUUACUUACACUCCUAACAUGGUUAAAGAAUUGAACAUGAUUGCAGGAGGAACCGGUAUCACUCCCAUGUAUCAAAUCAUUACAGCAAUUGCUAGAAACCCGGAAGACAAAACUCGAGUCAACUUGAUUUACGGUAACCAAAAAGAGGAAGAUAUUCUUUUGAGAGAGGAGCUCGAGAGUAUUAGUGUUUUGAACCCAAAUAUCAAAAUUUUUCAGACUUUAGACGCUCCUCCUGCUAACUGGGAAGGUGGGGUUGGUUUCGUCACUGAAGAAAUGAUGAGAACCGUGCUCUCUGAGGCUAAUGAUUCUAACAAAUUGCUUAUUUGUGGACCUCCUCCCAUGGUGUCGUCAUGCAAAAAGAACGCUGUCCUUUUAGGUUAUCCAAAGGCCAAGCCGGUUACCAAGUUGGCUGAUCAAGUAUUUGUCUUUUAG